UUUCAAAAUCUAAACCUCAAACUUGAAGUAACGGCCGCCUUUUUAAGUUCAAGUCGUUUCAUGAGUAAAUAGUAAAAAGUUUAAUAAUUUAGUGAUAAUAAUUUUUAUUUAUGAUCGUGUGCCAUAUUUAUAAUUGUUUAACAAGUUUAUGACGGUUUUACUAAGGUUUUAAAAUUAUUUGUCAGUCUACAGCUAGACAGUGUUGUUAAAUUAAUAGUCUGGUUGAUUUUGGCUGCUUAGACAAAACUCAGUUUUACGUUUCUAAUUAUAAGAUGGCAUCCUCUGGCAAAGAAAACUUGGCGCAAAGGUCCAGAUCGUCCAGUAUGACUUCAACAGUUCCACGGAGAUCUGUUGCUAAUUUUGGAGUAUCUGGGGUCCAAGACCAUCAACCAACUCAGAUGCGUAGAUCACUCAAUCUGAAGCCAGUUACCAAAUCAAUAUCAUCUGGAAUCACCAGAGGAAACAAACCAGAUGUUAUCUCGAGGCCAGUUGGAUUCAAACCUUCAACGCACAGUGUCAAACCUGACUUAGUUCCAACAUCACAUUCUGUGUCUCAGUCGACCUCCACAACCUCAAGUAGUACCACUCAGGUGGCUGGGCGAGGAGUGCUCAGUCAGAGAAACAGAGUUAUCACUAACCCUGCCGCCAAGCCAAGUCUGACUGCGAGCAAAUUAUCCAAACCAAAUAUGCCAAUCAAAUCCAGUCAAGCGACUCAAAACGGAAGCCAACAGAAAACUGGCAAUGGUGUGUCUGGGGCGGCCAAACCAGCAGCUGGCACCAUCCAUCCUAGACCAGUGUUCCGACCUCCACAGCCGAUCACCAAACCUCCACAACCUACUGUCAGCCAGGCUCCGCAGCCGAGCCAGGAGCAGCCGGCAGUGACUGAGCCUCAGCCCAGUGAACCCAACCCUCCCACUGACCAAGCGGAGUCAGACAAACGGAUGGGCUUAACAUCAGAUUCCAAAAGGAAGUGGACUUUGCCAGACUUUGAUAUUGGUAGAGCCCUAGGAAAAGGAAAGUUUGGAAAUGUCUACCUAGCAAGAGAGAAACAAUCUAAAUUCAUAGUAGCUUUAAAAGUAUUGUUCAAGUCUCAGAUCCAGAAAGCUGGAGUGGAACAUCAACUGAGGCGAGAAAUUGAAAUACAAUCACAUUUAAGGCAUCCAAACAUCCUUAAACUGUACGGAUAUUUCCACGAUGAGACCCGGGUUUACAUGAUCCUGGAAUAUGCGCCAAAGGGAGAAUUGUACAAAGAACUGCAGUCACAGCCUGAAAAGAGAUUUACAGAACCCAGGGCUGCAUCAUUAGUUCUCCAGUUAGCGAAUGCAUUGCACUAUUGCCACGCUAAGAACGUCAUACAUAGAGACAUCAAGCCAGAGAAUCUGUUGCUGGGUGGCAAGGGAGAGCUGAAGAUAGCUGACUUCGGCUGGUCAGUCCACGCUCCCUCCUCCAGAAGAGACACUCUUUGUGGUACCCUUGACUACCUGCCCCCGGAAAUGGUGUCAGGUCACCCUCACGAUGCAACAGUGGACAUUUGGAGUUUAGGAGUGCUGUGUUUUGAACUCAUCACAGGCAAACCGCCAUUUGAGGCUGCCACCUAUGACGACACUUAUUACCGCAUCCAGAGAGCCCUGUACACCUUUCCACCCUAUGUCUCAGGGCUUGCGAGGGACCUCAUAAGCAAGCUUCUUGUAGUUGACUCACAGAAACGGCUGCCCAUUGCUAAAGUUAUCACUCACGAAUGGGUUGUCACACACACCUCUACUGUUCCCAGCAGCUAGAAUCAUUUCCUGUUAUUUUAAAGUUGACUAUUUAUUUUCAACCAACUUCAUUUAGAUAUAAAACUCAUAGUUUUAAGUUUAUUUGUAAUAUAUUUAUUAAUUAUGAUUCUUUUACUAUCAAUGUUUGUAAGGUUAUACAGUUUUCUUUAAUGUAUAGUGUAAGUCACUAAAUUGUAAGUACUGUAUUUGGAAUAUUCAUUAACAAUUCAUUAACCAGAUCUUUAUGACUAAGUAUGUGCCUUUAAAAAAAGUGUAAUCGUUGAACUCAAUUAAUCUGCAUUAUAAUAAAAAUUCUGGAAUUCACUUUGAUUAAUUGAUGAUGUUUAUUACAUUGACAAGCUAUGAACACGUACACGUUUUAUUUAUAUAUCACAUAAAUAGUCAUAUAAUCAGGUAUGAUUUUAAAAUUUCGAAGACUGAUUUGAAUCUUCUGUAGUAUGUAUGAAUAACACUGAAACCUAAGAGAGAUAAAUGUCAUAAAUGAUGUAAAUUUUUGUUUGAAAUGUGUGAUAAAACUUACUCUGUAAUUAAAUAUAUGCUGGAAUCAUUUGUUAUAGAUUUAAUGCUAUGUUAGGAUAUAUUUCAAGUCCAAUUUCUUGUUAGACAAAACUAAAAUUAUAAUGGUCAUUGUCAUUAUGGUUUCUAUUUUUAUAAAUCAUUUAACAUAACUUUAGCAAAACUUAACAAUUUCCCCCACCCUUUUCUUACCACCAACAAUAAUAUAUUAAUAUAUAUUGAAUAUAUGAGAAUUUAAGUCAGUCAAAAGUAGUAAAGUUGUAAGAAUGAGCCAACAAUGAAUGUUGUAAUUUUUGUGUAAAUACUUAUUUUUUAAUAUAGCAUUUGUGUUAUUGUUGACACCAAUAAAGUUGAAGUUUUUAAUGCA